UAUUUGUUAUAGUAUGUCUGGUAUACAACAAAGAACUUUGGUUUACAAGUACGAAACAUUUUUUAGUUUACAUAGCACGCGUACUUGCAGUCCCUUUAAAUUUCACUCUGGGAUAAAUACUGCCUAAAGCUUACCGCUGGGAAGUUGUAAUGUAUCCGUGGGUAAAAAAUAAUUCUGGCACUGUCAUUGCUGGGACCGUUGGUGCAGGCGUAGCGAUAGUCGCUGCACCAUCAAUCAUAUCGAUCGUGGGAUUUACAGCAACUGGUAUAGCUGCAAAAUCCACUGCAGCAUGGAUGAUGAGUUGUUAUGGUGGAGCAACUCCAGCUGGGGGGAUUGUGGCCACCCUUCAAACUGCUGGGGCUACCAGCACAAUUUUGGGAUCUAGUGUUGUAACUACGAUCUGUGGGUCAGUUGGAGCAGCUGUAGGUGGCAUAGUGAAAAAUGUGGGACGCCGAAUGGUGGGUAGAUGAAUGAUUCAAGAAAUUGACAAUCCUUUUUUUCUGACUAUUUCAAUUUGGUAUUUAAUUUUCAGUUAAAUGUUAUUUUUUUUAAUAAGAAUGUUUAAUUAUAUUUGGGUGGUGAUUGUAAAAUUAGAAGCGGGAAAAAAUAAAUUUUUACUACCAA